UUUAUUCACUAGCGGCGACUCGCAGACCCCGGACACUCGCUCUCCAGCCCGCGCCCUCAGCCUCACUCCGCGCCCGGAGCACCCUCCGUCGCGGCCGCUCUUCACGCAAGUCGCUCGCCAGAGGAAUCAAAAGUCAGGUUGGAGCAGUGCCGGACAGUGGAUGGCCUUGACUGACAGCGGCUGGUGCCUGCCGAAGCGUUUCGGGGCCGCUGCUGCGGACGCCGGCGACUCCGGGGCCUUUCCAGCGCGGGAGCCCCCCUCGCCGCCUUCCCCCAUCUCUUCCUCGUCCUCCUCCUGCUCCCGGGGAGGGGAUCGCGGUCCCUGCGGCGCCAGCAACUGCAGGACGCCGCAGCUCGACACCGAGGCCGUGGCGGGACCUCCGGGCCGCUCGCUGUUGCUCAGCCCCUACGCCUCGCAUCCCUUCGCGGCUGCCCACGGACCUUCGGCGCCCGGGGUCGCUGGCCCCGGGAGCGCCUUGUCGAGUUGGGAGGACCUGUUGCUCUUCACUGACCUAGACCAGGCCGCCACCGCCAGCAAGCUGCUGUGGUCCAGCCGGGGCGCCAAGCUGAGCCCCUUCGCGGCCGAGCAGCCUGAGGAAAUGUACCAGACCCUCGCAGCCCUGUCCAGCCAAGGGCCUGCCGCUUACGACGGCGCGCCCGGCGGCUUCGUGCACGCGGCGGCCGCGGCAGCCGCGGCGGCCAGCUCCCCAGUCUACGUCCCCACCACGCGCGUGGGUUCAAUGCUGCCCGGCCUGCCUUACCUACAGGGGGCGGGCAGCGGGCCCAGCAACCACGCGGGAAGCGCGGGCGCUCACCCGGGCUGGCCCCAGGCCUCCGCGGACAGCCCCCCGUAUGGCGGGGGUGGCGCAGCCGGCGGCGGGGCGGCGGGACCAGGGGGUGCAGGCUCGGCUGCGGUCCACGCCUCGGCGCGCUUCCCCUACUCGCCUAGUCCUCCUAUGGCCAACGGCGCCUCACGAGACCCCGGGGGCUACGUGGCUGCGGGCAGCGCGGGCGCCGGCAGCGUGAGUGGCGGCGGCGGCAGCCUGGCGGCCAUGGGCGGCCGGGAACACCAGUACAGCUCUCUGUCCGCGGCGCGGCCUCUGAACGGGACCUAUCAUCACCAUCAUCACCACCACCCGACUUACUCGCCCUACAUGGGUGCGCCGCUGACGCCCGCCUGGCCAGCGGGACCCUUCGAAACGCCGGUGAUUCACAGCUUACAGAGCCGAGCCGGAGCCCCACUCCCGGUGCCGCGAGGCCCCAGCGCAGACCUGCUGGAGGACCUGUCGGAGAGCCGUGAGUGCGUGAACUGUGGCUCUAUCCAGACACCGCUGUGGAGACGAGAUGGCACUGGCCAUUACCUGUGCAACGCCUGUGGCCUCUACAGCAAGAUGAACGGCCUCAGCCGGCCCCUCAUCAAGCCUCAGAAGCGCGUGCCUUCAUCGCGGCGGCUUGGGUUGUCCUGUGCCAACUGUCACACCACAACCACUACCUUGUGGCGCAGAAAUGCCGAGGGCGAACCUGUGUGCAACGCUUGCGGACUGUAUAUGAAGCUGCACGGGGUGCCUCGGCCACUUGCUAUGAAAAAAGAAGGAAUUCAAACCAGGAAACGAAAACCUAAAAAUAUAAACAAGUCAAAGGCUUGCUCCGGUAACAGCAGCAACUCUGUCUCUAUGACUCCAACUUCCUCUUCUUCUAAUUCAGAUGACUGCACCAAAAAUACGUCUCCUUCCACACAACCCAGCGCGUCACGGGGGGGUGCCUCAGUGAUGUCUGCCGUGGGAGAGAGCACCAACCCUGAGAACAGCGACCUCAAGUAUUCAGGUCAAGAUGGUCUCUACAUAGGCGUUAGUCUGUCCUCUCCUGCGGAAGUCACAUCCUCUGUGCGACAGGAUUCUUGGUGUGCUCUGGCCCUGGCCUGAGCUGGUGCUGCCACGAGACCAGGAGGGUUCCUGAGGCCUUCAUACCACUUGUCUGAUUUUGUCCAGCAGUCCAGAUGGCAGCAAAAAUGCAGACAUUACAUUCCUUCAAUGGGUGAUUCUGUGCCUUUGUUUGGAAAGAGAUAUAUAUAUAUAUCCCAAGAAGCUAACUGAAGUAAGAGGAGAUGGGCAUUUGCAUGAAGGGCCAAACAGCAGGACCCUACCUGGCCUGCUCCUGCCAGCCUCGGCUGCUUCCAGCCGGCCUGCCUCUGUGUCUACCCCACACCAGUGGGAGAGACUGUGACAAUGACUGGGCCUUGUCUGCUAAGAGUUACCAAGAGAUUAAAAAAAAAAUGUUAUACGCAUUUUGUCCCAAAUCACGUGCUUCUUGUGAUCACCCUCAGUUCUCCCAGAAUCUCUUCCUACCUGACUGAUCUCCAUGCACAUUUCACGAGCACUCAUGGAGAGGAGCAUUGGAGCCAUGUGGACCGUCCUGGAGGCUGAGUGCGUUCCUGGGGGUCUCGACAAGAAUAUUAGUUUGCCAGAUCGCAUUAUGACAGACGCUGACUGACUUUUCUCAACGUUCAUUGUAACGUGGCUGAUCUGAGGGUCACUCGGAAUUUGUAAACAGGGUAGCAAACAUAUUUUUCUUCCAUGUACCAAUAAUUUUUUAAGUGCAAUUUGCGUUGCAGCAAUCAGUGUUAAAUCAUUUGCAUAAGAUUUAACAGCAUUUUUAUAAUGAAUGUAAACAUUUUAACUUAAUGGUACUUAAAAUAAUUUAAAAAAAUGUUGACUUAUACAUACGCUUCUUACACCCACAGCCCAUUUCUGUGUUCCCAAUUGUUUGGGAAAAAAAAAAAAAAGAUUUCAAGAACAAAUCUUCUCUCAGGAAAAUUGCCUUUUCUCCAUUUAUGAAUUUUUAUACAAGAACACCGACACAGCCCC